AACACAGACUUUUCUAGCAGGAAGUAACUAAACCUAACAACAUACACAAAGCUUCUUUUUUUGGACUAGUUCAUAUCCCCAAUCCUAGGAUAUAUUCAUAAUACGCAUUUGUCUCCGCGCGUCAUAGGGAAUGUGUACUCUGCCUCAUCUAAAUAUGCAAUGAGAUCGCCAACUCCACCUUUCUAUUUGACUUGGUGAUGAUUACCACACUAGGCAGUCGCAUUUCAAUGGCAGUCAGUUGCGGCUACUGUAGCUUCCAUAAUGGCGCGCUGGUAUCGAUAGCAUCCGCACAACUGACCGGCAAAAAGUCCCAAUAACAAAUUGCCCCGUCGGGCUGGCUAGCUUACCACGGUUAGCUGGCAACAGGAAUUGGAAGAAUGUAACACUAACUGGAUGAGGAUUCGGCGUUAACUUUGUAUCUGUACUUUGGAGCUGUGGACUUAGUAAGUGUGCGUGAACGUAGCUAGCCAGCUACUAGCCUGCGAAGCUAUACCGGGUUUCACCUGCCUCCGGGCUAGCUAGCUCUCCGGUAGUGGUGGGACGGAAAGUGCGCGGUCGAUGGCAGUUGCUGGAAACAGGAUGGAGGAGAUGGAUGCUCUUUCAACAACAUCUCUAGGAGUAUCUGACUCCGAUCUUUGCGGUGAAUGCGUUAAGCCAAGUGGAACACCCCCGUUUCAAUUCGCCGCUGCUAAAACAAGAACUACGACGGCGGGGGAAGAUAAUGGCGUGGGCGGAGAGUCGAAACUCUUGGGGAAAGGAUUCGCCGCCACCUCCCUACUUCACAUUGCGAUAAGAAACGGGAUAUACCUAAACCAAGUCGCUAACGCCACUGGAAGUUCGGCUCAUAUCAACAUGAUCACAGGGAAAUCACCCAAUAUUUACAACCUCGUUUCUGUCAGUACCAACAGCAGCGUGAACUCUUUAUUGGCAAGAAGACGACGACACAAGAGGAAUCUUUCGGUUGGAUCAUCAAAAGUUUCCGCGGCUGGAGUGGCGAAUCCCACUCAUUCGGCCUCACCUCUAAACACUCUCAGUUUGGACAGAAAGACUUUACUACGGCAGAAGCACCAACUUUAUUCUUCCGACAAGGCAUGGAUGCGAGCGGACCACCAACGGGGGUGUAUUCACGUCCACGACAGUCUCAACCCCUCCCAUCCGAGGCCGGUGCUCUGCACGCUGGACACCACUGCCGAAGAAAUGGCCUGUCGGCUAGGGCAGAUAGCGGGGGGUAAAAGCGGAACAGUCUUGCGUAUGACUCAUAAAGCAAGUGCUUGUGUUGAUUUGAAUGGAAACCGUGACGAAAUGUUUGUUGAUAAUCAACAAUGUGAUUCUGAAGGUAGCUGUGUCAAGUCAUUACUCCCUGUGUCAGACCCCUACCCGUUGGAGGACAACCGACCAGUUCGUUCUAAUGACGUACUACCUACCAACAACAACCAUAACCAGUAUUAUCAGGACUCAAAUAGGAUUUCUGAUAGUUUAUUGUAUGAUAAGAUACCAAGCAACUCGUCUUCUGAAGCGUGUCUCAAUGAUAAUGAGGUCGCUGACUUGGGGCUGAGUGGAGGGGACAGUUAUGGAUUAUAUUCAGGCUCGGACAUGGAGAGCAGCACCUAUGACGAUUUGAGCCCCGGAGGCCCAAAGUCCAGUGAGCAACCGGACUCCCUGAGCGACGCUUUGCCCUCGACGGCGGACGCGUUGGCGCUGAGCCCCAACUUUGACAGUGCCACCCGAGAACCGGACCCGUUCGAGAGCUCCUCGGACGAAGUGGACCUCGAUGGCGCCGCCCGAACCCCUGCUUUCUCCCAGCGGCUGGACACACCGUUUGCAGAGUCCCCCGGCGGGACCAGAACGGAGGGAACACCGGAGGACGACGGGACCGGGAGCGGCGGGGACGCCCCCUGCCCGACUGUGGCCCCCGGUGACCGCGGCACCUCGACCCUCUCCGCUAAGCCCAUAUUAGGCAUGGCGGCUGCACACGGGGACCCAGGGGAGCUAGGUGGGUGGCCCGACCCCCCGACGGAGGCUCCCUCCCCGGGCCUCUACGUCCAGCUGCACGGGGGGGCGGUGCGGAGGCUGGAAGAUGACGAGAGGCCCCUGCGGAUCCAGAACGACUACCUCUCCAGCCUGGGCUUUGAGGACCCGUGGAGGGUGCUGGAGGAGGGGAUGAACCCAGAGCUAGGCUGUCUGAUUCGCUUCUAUGCAGGUAAGCCCCGCAGCGCGGGCAGCUCCGAGCGCGUGCAGCUGUCGGGCGUGUUCAACGUGCGCAAGGGCAAGCUGGCCCUCCCGGUGAGCCGCUGGUCGCGGCGCCAGGUCACCCUGAGCGGCACCUGCCUGUUCGUGUCCUCCGUCAAGCACGCCCACACGGGCAAGAUGCACAUCCUGCCCCUCGUCGGGGGAAAGGUGGAGGAGGUGAGGAGACACAGUCACUGCUUGGCCUUCAGCUCGGCCGGAACCCAGAGUCAGACGUACUACGUCAGCUACAGCUCCUACACCGAGCACCUGCGCUGGCACCGACACGCGGCCAAGAUGGCGUCCCAGCGGGUGAGCUCCGUGGACCUGUCCUGCUGCAGCCUGGAGGAGCUGCCCCCCAAGCUGUUCUACAGCCACGACCUGACCCACCUCAACCUCAAGCACAACUUCCUGUCGCCGCACAGGGGCCUCGCGCACCUCACCAGGUUCUGCAAGCUACGCAGCCUCAACCUCUCCAACAACCGCCUGCGGGAGUUCCCCGCGGCGCUGUGCGACAUCGCCUCGCUGACGGAACUCAACCUGUCCGGCAACCGUCUGUCCUGCCUGCCCUCGGCCCUGGGUGCCAUGCAUAACCUCCAGACCCUCCUUCUGGACGGGAACGCCCUGAGCUCCCUGCCUGCGGCGCUGGGCUCCCUGGAGGCCCUCACCUACCUGGGCCUGUCCUUCAACCGCUUGGCCUGCGUCCCCCCGGCCCUGGAGAACCUCCGCGGGGUGGAGCGACUCUGCCUGGCCGGGAACCAGCUCUCCGUCCUGGACAUGAGCGGCCUUCAGUGGCUGCCCGCCCGGCAUAUUGACCUCAGGCUGAACCCCCUCCAGGGCGUGGUGGCGGGCGAGGCCGGCCUCCUGAGUCACGUGGCCCAGCUGGACGUGAGGGACGCCGGGCUCCGGGCGCUGGACGUGCGCGCCCUCUCCAGGCUGGAGCUGCUGCGCUGCGACAGGAACGCCCUCGCGCGCCUCCGAGUGGCCGGCCACGCGCUCAAGAGUCUGCACGCGGCGCACAACGAGCUGACAGAGCUGGAGGUGGACCCUAUCCCAGAAUGCCUCACCCUCCUGGACGCGUCCAGGAACAAGCUGGAGUCCGUCCCUGCCUGGGUGUGCGACAGCGGCAAGCUGGAGGUGCUGGACGUCAGUCACAACUCCAUCUCUGAGCUGCCUGUACGGUUGCUGAGCGGAGGCAGCCUGAGGAAGCUGCUGCUGGGCUGGAACCGCCUCCGCCGCCUCCCCGAGCGCGUGGAGCGCUCUCACCUGGAGGUGCUGGACGUCCAGCACAACCAGCUCACGGAGCUGCCCCACAACCUCUUCAUCAAAGCCCAGAGCUUGCGCUAUCUCAACGCUUCGGCCAAUAAGCUGGAGAGCAUCCCCCCGGCCAGCCAAUCGGAGGAGAGCUUCAGCAGCCUGCAGGAGCUGUAUCUGACCAACAACGGCCUGACGGACAAGAGCGUGUCGCUGCUGACCGGACACGCCCACCUCCGCGUGCUCCACCUGGCGUACAACCAGCUGCUGGUCUUCCCGGCCAGCAAGAUGGCCCGCCUGGAGCAGCUGGAGGAGCUGGACCUGAGCGGCAACCGCCUGCGCUCGGUGCCCACCACCAUCCUGAGCUGCCCCCGCAUGCACACGCUGGCCGCCCACUCCAACGGCAUCAGCACCUUCCCCGAGGCCCUGCAGCUGGCCCACGUCAAGUGUGUGGACCUGAGCUGUAAUGAGCUGACGGAGGUGUCUCUUCCCGAGACUCUGCCUCCCAAGCUGCAGGAGCUGGACCUGACGGGCAACCCUCGCCUGAGCCUGGACCACAAGAGCCUGGAGCUGCUCAAUAAUAUCCGCUGUUUCCGCGUGGACCCCUCUCCAUCCUCCCUGGGGGCCAGCGAGGGGCCCGGAGCCCCCGCCGUCUGGAGCCACGGCUACACCGAGGCCUCGGGGGUCAAGAACAAGCUGUGCGUGGCGGCCCUGACGCUGGACGGGUUCCGCGGCGGGCGCGAGGCUCUGUACGGGGUGUUCGACGGCGACCGGAACGGCGAGGUGCCCGGCCUGCUGCAGUGCACCAUGGGAGACGUGCUGGCCGAGGAGCAGCACAGGAGCGGGGGGGGGGAGGACUACCUGACCAACACCUUCCUCACCAUGCACAGGAAACUGGGCACGGCAGGUCAGAGGCUGGGCGGCUCGGCGGCCCUCUGCCACAUCCGCCACGACCCGGUGACCCCGGCCGGCCCCGCCCCCGCCCACGCAGGCUGCUUCACCCUGGCCGCGGCCAACGUGGGCAAGUGCCAGGCGGUGCUGUGCCGGGACGGCAGGGCCCUCCCGCUCUCCAGCGCACACACCGUCCGGCAGGAGGGCGAGUACCGGAGGAUACGCCAGCACAACGCCAUCGUCACAGAGGACAACAAGGUCAACGGCGUGACCGACUCCACCCGCAUCAUGGGCUACUCCUUCCUGUGCCCCGCCGUGACCCCGCGGCCCCACAUCUCCACGGUAACCCUCACCCCCCAGGACGAGUUCUUCCUGCUGGGCAGCCGGGGCCUGUGGGACGCGCUGUCCCCCGGCGAGGCGGUGGAGGCCGUGCGGAACGUCCCGGACGCCCUGGCGGCCGCCAAGAAGCUGGUGACGCUGGCGCAGAGCUACGGCUGCGCCGACAGCCUGGGCGCCGUGGUGGUGCAGCUGAGCAUCACCCAGGACUGCUGCUCCUACUGCGAGCCCCCGCCGCCGCCCCCCAGCCCGGGCCCGGCCCCGCACGGCCCCCACGCCUCGCACCCCCCCUACCCGCCCUCCGACGGCCUCCUGCCCCCCGCCGCCCCCCCCUCCUCCUCCGGGCUAGGCAGCGAGCUGAGCAGCGAGGUGAGCGCGUCGGAGAUGAGCAGCGAGGUGGGCUCCACCGCCUCCUCGGACGAGCCGGCGGCCCACGGAGAGCCCCUGCACGCCUGCCCGGGGCCGCGGGGCGGGGCGACGCCGCCAGGGGGCGGAGGGGCGCCGUUCCAGAGGCAGUUCUCGGGGGCGCUGUCCGACAACGGGCUGGACAGCGAGGACGAGGAGCCCAUCGCCGGCGUGUUCUCCAACGGCAGCCGCGUGGAGGUGGAGGCCGACGUGCACUGCCGGCGCGCCCGCGACCAGCCCCCCCCAACCCCCGACCCGGCCUCCCCGCCCCGGGCCCCCUCCGCCGCUCCCCCGGGGAGCCCCGCCCACCUCCCUCCCGGCCGUCGCCCCCCUGCUAGCCCGGCCCCGCCUCCACCCAGGCACGACCCCGCGCCCUCUGAGGCCGGGCACACAGGAAGCCGGGGGGGCAGCGCCGGCGAGCCAGACCCGUGUCCGCCCGGCGGAGAGGCGUGGCCAGGGGCGGCCAAGACCUCCACCCUGGGCCGGAAGGGGCGGGGCAACGGCUCGGUGGCGUGCGAGGGGCGGAGCCAGGACCGGAUCGAGGAGGCGGCCGACGCCCCCGUCAGGAAGCAGGGCGGCUACUUCAACGCCCCGGCGCAGCCCGACCCGGACGACCAGCUCAUCAUCCCCCCGGAGCUGGAGGACGAGGUCCGGCAGAUCAUGAAACAGCAGCAGGAACAGCAGGAGCACACCCCCCCACCACAGCAGGCCGCAGACUGCUACAUCACACCCCUAUGACUCGGCAGGGACAGAACACGCGCUGUGUGCACAGCUCCCUACACAAACCCACGCCUUCCGAGUAUUCCGAACAAGUGUUACCUGUCACGGAGCGGCAGGACUGUUUUAAUUCGCUUUUGAUUUUAUACUUUUACUGUUACGGCCCGAGAACGACUUUUUUUUUCUUCUUUUUUUUUUUUUUACAACACUUGUUUCACGCAUUACUGCUUCGCACAAAUUUAAUAUAAAUAGAUUUUGACUAUAUCCUUAUAUGUGACGAACGAAGCACUUAACGUUUCGUUCUCCUUUCCGUUCGGAAUGGAACCGUACGACGGGUGAAGCGGGCGCGUUUCCGCCCAAGGGCCGAACCGCUCCCGGCAACACCCUCCCCCCCCCAGGUCGCCGUGGCGUUCGUCGCCGUGGUGUUCGCCCCCCCCCCCCCCCCCCCCCCCCGGGAGCCGUAGGAGCGGAGCGACGAGCGUUUUCGACUAACUCCUAGGAGUUGCACACGCCCAUAAGUGACCUAGUCACUGAAAGUGUACUAAUCUUCUCUGAGAGAAAAGACAAUUGUUUCACGAGGCUGUUUAUCCAGAUGUGUUUGUCUGAGGGAGGUUGGGGGGGAGAGGGGGGGGGUGCUCGUGAGCACCCGGGAGGGGAGAGAGCACUGGAAAGAGAUAUUUACUGUCUGUAAACGAGCCCCACCAGCUCAACGAAUGUUCCGGCACAAAGUGAUUUACUUCUUGACAAUUGCAAGUCAUACAAAUGCUACUUUUGCAAUAAUAAACCCGUUUUCCAAU